AUGACUGGAGGAAGGAAUAAUACAACAAUCAACUUUAUUCUUUUGGGAUUUUCAGAUUUUCCCAAGCUCAAGACUGUUCUCUUUAUAGUCUUCUUGGGAACUUACCUCUCAACAGUGGUCUGGAACCUGGGCCUCAUCAUCCUAAUUAGGUUGGACCCCUACCUUCAUACACCCAUGUAUUUCUUCCUCAGCAAUUUAUCCUUCUUAGAUUUCUUCUAUGUGACCUCCACGACCCCCAAAAUGCUCUCAGGCUUCUUCCAGAAGCACAGAUCCAUCUCCUUUCUGGGGUGCACCAUGCAGUACUUCUUCUUCUCCAGCCUGGGUCUGACUGAGUGCUGUCUUCUGGCAGCCAUGGCUUAUGACCGAUACGCUGCCAUCUGCAAUCCCCUGCUGUACACAGCCGUCAUGUCCCCCACUCUCUGUGUGCAGAUGGUGGUGGGAGCCUAUGUAACUGGCAGCUUUGGUUCAUUGAUCCAAUUGUGUGCUUUGCUUCAGCUCAAUUUCUGUGGACCAAAUGUCAUCAACCAUUUUUUUUGUGACCUGCCUCAGUUAUUGGUCCUAUCCUGCUCUGAAACCUUUUCCUUGCAUAUCAUGAAGUUUGUGAUAGCAGUGAUUUUCGGUGUGACAUCUGUCUUAGUCAUCAUGGUCUCCUACGGUUAUAUCAUUGCCACCAUCUUGAAGAUCAGCUCAGUGGAAGGCAGAUCCAAGGCCUUCAAUACCUGUGCUUCUCACUUGACAGCAGUUACUCUCUUUUUUGGAUCAGGUCUCUUUGUCUAUAUGCAUCCCAGCUCUGAUGAUUCUCUGGGCUAUGACAAGAUGGCAUCAGUCUUCUAUACGGUGGUGAUUCCCAUGUUGAAUCCUUUGAUUUACAGUCUGAGGAACAGGGAAAUUAAAGAUGCUAUUAAGAGGUGUAAGGAGAAGAAAGUGUUUUUCCAUGGCCACUGUUAA